AUGGCACCAAGUCGAAUCUAUGAUGAGCCCGCCGAGCCCGCCGAGUCCGCCGAGCCCAAGACUACCUACGACAUCAAUAUCCCAUAUAAACCGCUUUCCGAAGACUACAAGCGUUACAUCAAAGGCAGGACGGAAUUUCCAGAGUAUCUUCCUGUGUGGGAGCCCGGUGUCUGGUUCGACGAUUUCCCCAUCUUCGAAUACCAUGACCCUGCCCUCCGAGCCAACAAAGAAAAGCCACAUCUAUUCCAGAGCGGGGUGACCGCUCAACCGAUCACCCCUAGGAUGGGUACAAUUUUGACUGGUGUCAAGCUGGAAACCCUCUCAGAUGAAGCGAAGGAUGAACUGGCUCUCCUAAUAUGUGAACGGAAAGUAGUAAUCCUUCGGGAACAGCUAGAUUUUCUUCGAGCUGGCCCCCAGUUCCAGGUAGACUUCAUGAGCCACUUCGGCAAGCUCAGCAUCCAGCCAGUUACCGGUGCUGUUAAAGGGUUUCCUCAGUUCCAUAUUAUACAUCGGGAUAGUAAUGAGGAAGAGAUCAAGAAGUUCUUCGAGACCAAGAUGACCUCUACUUUAUGGCAUCACGACGUCAGUUACGAGAGGCAACCUCCCGGUUAUAUUAUGCUCGGCAUAUUGGCCUGUCCUGAUGUUGGAGGCGAUACCGUAGUUGCAGAUACAGCUGAGGCUUACAAACGUCUCUCGCCCGCAUUUCAGGGAAUGAUCGAUCAAGUGCAUGCGAUUCAUACCUCUGAGAAGUUGAUUGCGUUUGCGCGAGCGAACAAGGGUCUUGUACGCUCUAAUCCCAUCGACUCAGUUCACCCCAUGGUGCGAGUACACCCGGUCACGGGCGAAAGAUCUAUCUUCGUGAAUCUGGAAUGGCCCAAAGAUUUCAUUGGUCUCAAAGAUCUAGAAGCGGAGGCCGUUACGAAGUUUCUGAUGGAUAUCAUUAGAAUGGGGCACGAUUUCCAGGCCAGAAUUCACUGGGAGAAGCACUCAGUGGUUAUGUUCGAUGGCAGAACCACACUGCAUACGGGAACGGUGGAUUAUGACACCGGUCUGCAAGCGCGCCAUCUAUUCCGGCUCGCCGCCAUGACGGAAGUCCCAAUAUCCGUUGCGCAAAGUAAGCAGGGCCUCGAAAAGGAUCAGUAG